CUUGUACCCUACAGUAGGGCUUCAAACACCAGGAGAAGUGGUAGAUGCUAACUUUGGGCAGCAUCCAUUUGUGUUUGACAUUGAAGACUAUAUGCGAGAAUGGAGAACCAAAAUUCAGGCUCAGAUCGACAGAUUUCCUAUAGGAGAUCGGGAAGGAGAAUGGCAGACAAUGAUUCAAAAAAUGGUUUCAUCUUAUUUAGUUCAUCAUGGGUACUGUGCAACAGCAGAGGCUUUUGCCAGAUCUACAGACCAGACUGUACUAGAAGAAUUAGCCUCCAUUAAAAAUAGACAAAGAAUUCAAAAAUUGGUUUUAGCAGGAAGAAUGGGAGAAGCCAUUGAAACAACACAACAGUUGUAUCCAAGUUUACUAGAAAGAAAUCCUAAUCUCUUAUUUGCAUUAAAGGUGCGCCAGUUUAUAGAAAUGGUGAAUGGUACAGACAGUGAAGUGCGAUGUCUGGGCGGCCAUAGUCCAAAAUCACAAGAUAGUUACCCUGUAAGCCCUCGAUCAUUUAGUAGUCCUAGCAUGAGCCCCAGCCAUGGAAUGAAUAUACACAGUUUAGCAGUGAGCAAAGGAAGCAGCACACACUUUUCUGGUUUUGAAAGUAGUUGCAGUAAUGGAGUAAUAUCAAACAAAGCACAUCAGUCUUACUGUCAUAUUAAACACCAGUCCACAAGUUUGAAUGUACCUGAACUCAACAAUAUAAAUGUAUCAAGAUCACAGCAAGUUAACAGCUUCACCAGUGAUGUAGACAUGGAAACAGAUCACUACUCCAAUGGAGUUGCAGAGACUUCAUCCAAUGGCUUCCUAAAUGGUAGUUCUAAACAUGAUCACGAAAUGGAAGAAUGUGACACAGAAAUGGAAGUUGACUCAAGUCAGUUAAGACGUCAGUUAUGUGGAGGUAGCCAAGCGGCCAUUGAAAGAAUGAUCCAUUUUGGAAGAGAAUUGCAGGCAAUGAGUGAACAACUAAGGAGAGAAUGUGGCAAAAACACAACAAAUAAGAAAAUGCUAAAGGAUGCAUUCAGUUUACUUGCAUAUUCGGAUCCUUGGAGCAGUCCAGUUGGAAACCAGCUUGAUCCAAUACAGAGAGAACCUGUGUGCUCUGUACUUAAUAGUGCAAUACUAGAGACCCACAAUCUGCCAAAGCAGCCCCCGCUUGCCCUAGCAAUGGGACAGGCUUCACAGUGUCUAGGAUUGAUGGCGCGUUCGGGAAUUGGGUCGUGUGCAUUUGCCACAGUGGAAGACUAUCUACACUAGCUAUGCAUUUGAAGAUCUCAAGUAUGUAUUGUGGCAUAUUCAACAUGGAGGUAGAUCAGCUUUGCUGACUGGAAUUUGGAUCUUUUAAUUAUGUACUAAGGACCGGUCUGUCGCUUUGUUGCUUCCUAGUUUACAGCAUGAUGCAAAUGAUUUUCUAACUUAGCGUUAGGAGAAAUUUUCCAUCUUUAACCUCUUAGACAACUAAGAGUUAAAAGUAUCACUGAUAAUGUCAGACAUCCAAAUUGACAAUUACAAAUUCUUUAAAUGAUUGUUCAAAACAAACCAAAAAUCCUACCACUUUGAGGUGGGGCAGAAGAAUAGAAAAUGUUGUGGAUGUGUUAGCAUGUGGGUGAUGUAAACUUCAAGCAGGAUGACUUGCCAACCUCCACCUUCAUUAUUACAUAGUUCAAUCAGUGUAACUUGCAAAAUGCAUAAACACCUGACAGUUUGGAUAUAUAGUGUUGAUGGGAAGAAAUAUUUUUUAAUGUGUACUGUAAAACUUGAAAUACUCAGGAGCUGAGUGAAUAUGUUUGUUGCUACUUACAAUCCCUAUCUGUUGAUCUUAGUAGUUUUUGUUUUAACAUGGUCUUUUCAACUUUCUUUGUUUAACUACAGACAACUUCUGUUCUAGACUCACCAGUUUAACUGUUGUAUAAUAACAGUAUUACAUGUCACAGUGUGGUUACGACCUCUAUUUAUAUAAAAACCAAAUAUUAGUCAAUUUACAGUCUUAAUUUAAUCUUUGUACACCUUGCAUUUUUAAAAGUGCUUAAAUGAGUACUAUAUUGCAAUAAAAUGUAGUGAUAUCAUAAUUAACCAGCCAUUAAAAACUUACUUCUACAGAUAUUA